CUGUUUUUAAACCACCAGUCCGCCGGUCCGUUUUAAAUACACCUCACCAUGUCGUGCGACUUGGUGGCUGUUAAAUGGCCGCGAUGGCGUUUGCGAAAAAGACCAAACUUGCUGAUUGCAGCCUGUGUUCUUUUCUUGGUGCACGCCGGACGGGGCUGGACAAUAGGUUCGUCAAGAUCGCCGGCAGUGUCUUUGGAUGAUUUGCAUUUCCAGGUUUCCGUCACGGUGGCAUGGAUGCUCCUGGGAGCAGUUGGAUUCAUGAUGGCACUGUUCUAUUUGGUCAACAAUUCUGACCCCGAGAUCAGGAUGUACUCGUGGCAAGUCAUUAGUUCCACCAUCAACAUCUUCUGCGCCGUUUUGAUUUUUUCUGCUUCGAACAGAUUGGUUGAGCACUACGCCUUUGAAGACAUCCCCAGUGAGGUGCGACAUCUUCGUGCUUUCCCCGUUUGUGUCGACUUUGCUCACAUGCUCUUCUGGAUGAUGAUGAUGCUAUGUGUUCUUUGGAUUGCUGCUGUGUGCAAGCGAAAGGGUGCUGCUGAAAACGAAGAUGGUGAAGAAAGCGCCCACAGACACGAAUUGGACGUGAAGUGCUGGGCCAUGCUCUUCGCACACGUCGCCGGCUUCGCGGCCAUCAACUGCUUCGGUGAUCUGCAGCAGGUGUUCUUCGCGGGUAGCGCCAAUGAAUCGGAACUGGCCGUGCCCAUUUCGGCCUCGUGUCUUCUCCUCUUGUGUUGGCUGGCAGAAAAGGCGGGACAGUAUCUUUACAAAGCCGAUCUGAAAGAGCUGGACGAUGGAAUCUUUGAGCUCUGGGAGGAGCAAACUCACGAAGCCGAGAACGACAUCGCAGCGCUGUGUUUGUCAUUUUUGAUCUGCCAGUCCUUGCGCUACCACACCAGUGGACAAUUACCAGAUCCAGAAGGGAACGAGCCGCCCGCAACAAGGGCGCGAGUCUUGCUGCUUUGCAGCGUUCUCUUUGCCUUUGUCGCGGUGCUCUCGGUGCAGCUCACGGAGUUGAAGGUGAACACCAUCCGACGACGGCCACGAUCCAAGCGAGUCAUGGACAUCUUCCAAUUGAUUUGCUGCAUGUGCUGUGCCUGGUGCAGCUACUAUGGUGGCAAGCGAUUGUACUGCACCUCUUUUGACGGAGAUCAGGUCGUUGAUGUCAUGACUCGUAUUGUGCUCAGCGUCAUCUUCUCCGUUCUGGCAUUUGGGAUGGUCCUGAUGAUGAACAAGGUCAUCGACAGACAGAAGGUCUGUGAAGCCAAAACUGGAGAAGAGUUGAGAGAAGAGGGAAGACUGCGGAGGAAGAAUUCAUCCAGGUCCAACUCCAGACCAGCCUCCAGAUCUCUCAGCUUUGCAGACAACGUGCAGUUGAUGUGUUUAAAGCUGGAGCACAAUUUGGUCCUCGGGGGCUCCAAGACCAUCAUCAAGGCUAUGGCCAUUUUGGUCGGCUUCAGUUGGGAAGAGGCCUUCGAAGGCUGCGUCAGCAAAGCCUGCGAGAGGACCAAGAUCAUUCCACCGCAUUUGGCCGAAGCUUUACUCGCUGCCUUACUCGCAACGAUGAUCCUUCCUGCCUGGCGUUUGUACAUCGUGCCCAACUGCGAAAUGAGGGCCGGAUCCGAAAGAAUCUGAGGCCAAAUAGAUCCGGCCAGCACUUGCAAUAGCAAACCAGCGAGAUUACCCAACAAAGAAACCACUCCUGGGUUGCAAACUGGUUAUGUU